AUGUCAAUGGACUACCUCACUCCGUCGACCAUGCCCCAGCCAAAGUUGAAGAGAACCAACACGGGCUUCACUCCCAACCAGAUCAUCGCCAUCGACGCCGCCAUCCCGGAAACCGCUAAAAAGAUCUGGUUCAAGUACUCGCAAUUGGACUUGUUGGAGAAGAAAUCCCACGGCACCAACCACGAGCCAAACAUCCACGAUAUUGUAGAGAACCCGCAAAAGUUUGAGGAGUUGUUUGUUCGCCACGUCGAGACUGGUCUCGGACGGUCGAUGUACAACUGCGACAACUUGGCUGCGUACCAAGCUGCCUCCAAGACCAUUAGAGACGCCUUGGUUCUCGACUGGGCAAACACGCAGCAGAGACAGACGAUUCAGGACGGUAAGCGUGUUUACUACUUGAGUUUGGAGUUCUUGAUGGGCAGAGCCAUGGACAAUGCCUUGAUCAACUUGAAGUGCGAAACCAACACUAGAAACUCGUUGCGCGAUUUGGGGUUCAACUUGGAAGAUGUCUUGGACCAAGAGCCCGACGCCGCGUUGGGUAACGGUGGUUUGGGCCGUUUGGCUGCGUGCUUUGUCGACUCGCUCUCGUCCAAGAACUACUCGGGCUGGGGCUAUGGUUUAAGCUACCAGUACGGUAUCUUUAAGCAAAAAAUCGUUGAUAGCUAUCAAAUUGAAACCCCCGAUUACUGGCUCAAGUAUUCCAACCCUUGGAUUGUCGAAAGACACGAGAUCCAGAUCCCCGUUGACUUUUACGGCUACGUGUACGAGGAAAUUGACCCCAACACGGGCAAGACCAAAAAGAACUGGAGUGGUGGCGAGCGUGUUUUGGCAGUGGCUGCAGACUUCCCCAUCCCUGGCUUUAACACCAAUAACACCAACAACUUGAGAUUGUGGAACGCCAAGCCAACCAACGAGUUUGACUUUACCAAAUUUAACGCCGGUGAUUACCAGCAAUCCGUGGCUUCGCAACAAAGAGCCGAAUCGAUAACCUCGGUGUUGUAUCCCAAUGACAACUUUGAAGAAGGCAAGGAGUUGAGAUUGAAGCAACAGUAUUUUUGGGUUGCUGCUAGUAUCCAUGACAUUAUCCGUAGAUUCAAAAAGACCCACAAGGCUGCAUGGCACAAACUCCCCGACCAAAUCGCCAUUCAGUUGAAUGAUACUCACCCAACGUUGGCUAUUGUCGAGUUGCAAAGAGUCUUGAUUGAUUUGGAAGGUGUCGAGUGGGACGAUGCAUGGGACAUUGUUGUCAAGGUAUGUGCUUACACCAACCACACCGUUAUGCUUGAGGCAUUGGAGAAAUGGCCCGUUGACUUGGUUGGCAGACUCUUGCCUAGACACUUGGAGAUCAUCUACGACAUCAACUACUUCUUUUUGCAAAAAGUCCAAAAAUUGUACCCCGAGGACCGCGACUUGUUGAGAAGAGUCUCGAUUAUCGAGGAGGACCCCAAGUCGGUUAGAAUGGCAUAUUUGGCCAUUAUCGGAUCGCACAAGGUCAACGGUGUUGCCGAGUUGCACUCGGAGUUGAUCAAGACCACCAUCUUCAAGGACUUUGUCAAGGUGUUUGGCAAGGACAAGUUCACCAACGUCACCAACGGUAUCACCCCUAGACGUUGGUUGAGACAGGCCAACCCGGCCUUGUCCGCGUUGAUUGCCAAGAAGUUGGAGGAUCCAAACUACAACUACUUGACCAACUUGGGCAGAUUGAAGGAGUUGGAGAAGUUUAUCGACGACAAGGAGUUUUUGAAAGAGUGGGACGCGGUCAAAUUUGAGAACAAAAAGAGACUCGCUGCUUUGAUCAAGAGCGAAACCAAUGUCGAUGUCGACCCAACUGUCUUGUUUGACAUCCAGGUCAAGAGAAUCCACGAGUACAAGAGACAGCAAAUGAACAUCUUUGCCGUGAUUUACAGAUACUUGCACAUCAAGGAGCUUCAACGCCAAGGUGUAUCGAUUGAGGAAAUCAAGGAAAAAUACUAUAUCUCCAAGGCAUCCAUCUUUGGCGGUAAAGCUGCCCCGGGUUACUACAUGGCCAAGACCAUUAUCCAUUUGAUCUGCAAAGUUGGUGAAGUGAUCAACAACGACGACACGAUUGACAACUUGCUCAAGGUGGUGUUUAUCCCCGACUACAACGUUUCCAAGGCGGAAAUCAUUUGCCCCGGCUCCGAUUUGUCCAACCACAUCUCAACAGCAGGCACCGAGGCAUCCGGUACGUCCAACAUGAAGUUUGCCUUGAAUGGUGGUUUGAUCAUUGGAACCGUUGACGGAGCCAAUGUUGAAAUCGCGCGUGAGAUUGGAGAAGAGAACAUCUUCUUAUUUGGAAACUUGGCAGAAAACGUUGAAGAGUUGAGACACAAGCAUUUCGUCGAGGGAGUCCACGUCCCCAAAACUUUGCAGAAGGUCUUUGCUGCCAUUGAAGAAGGCCAGUUUGGUAACCCCGACGACUUCAAGGCCUUGGUUGACGGAAUCAGAGACCACGGAGACUACUAUUUGGUCUCGGACGACUUUGACUUGUUCCUCGAUGCUCACAAGAAAGUCGAAAAGACUUUUGGUCACCAUGGCGGUGACAGUGAUGAUCCAGCUCACUUGCAGAGAUGGGUCAGGAAAAGCGUUUGGAGCGUUGCUAACAUGGGUUUCUUUUCGAGUGACCGAUGUAUCGAUGAGUACGCCGAAGAUAUUUGGAAUGUUGAGCCUUCCAAUAUCUAA